AUGGGGGAUUUGCCACCUGGGUUUAGAUUCUACCCAACGGAGGAGGAGCUGGUUUCGUUUUAUUUGCAGAACAAACUGGAAGGGAGGAGGGAGGACUUGAACCGAGUCAUGGACCGAGUCAUACCUGUUCUUUACAUAUACGAGUAUAAUCCAUGGGACCUCCCACAGUUUUCGGGAGAGGCCUGCCAUGGAGAUCCGGAGCAGUGGUUCUUCUUCAUCCCAAGACAAGAGAGUGAAGCUCGAGGAGGGAGACCGAGGCGACUCACAACAACUGGGUAUUGGAAAGCAACUGGGUCACCGAGUUUUGUUUACUCUUCCAAUUCCAAUCGAGCCAUCGGCCUCAAAAGAACCAUGGUUUUCUACAAUGGUAGAGCUCCUCAUGGAAAUAAAACCGAGUGGAAGAUGAACGAAUAUAAAGCCAUUGAAGCUCAUCAUGCAGAUCAAAAUCAAUCAUUGAUUGCCUCUUCAUCAUCAAACACCCCUUCUGCUCCUACGUUGAGGCAAGAAUUCAGUUUGUGCCGAGUGUACAAGAAAUCAAAAUGCCUGAGGGCAUUCGACAGACGACCUCUAGGGGUGGAGAUCAUGAGCAACCCUAGUUUGAAUUUGAAUCAAACGGCUGCUGCUCAUGAAGGUGCAGGUCAUCAGGGUCAGGGUUCAACAUCACAUAGGAGGAACCCCCUCAUGGGUAGUGAUCAGAGAACAAACUCAAGCUCACCAGAGAGUUCAUCCUCAGGAGAUCAUCAUGGCCCUCAACCACCCUCUCAACCUGCAGGUGAAACUGGAACCUUGCCAAUGUUCAUUGAUAAUGAAGCACUUUGGGAUUUGGAACAAUUGAUGAUCAAUAACAAUUGGCUUUAA